AUGGCUGACAAGCGCAAAGCAUCCAUGGCCGCUCCCAAUCCCGAGCCUAAGCGACCACGCGUAUCCAAGGAUGAUGACAGCGACAGCGGUUCCGCCGUGACUCCCUCGGAGCGGCCGCGGAAUAACCCCAUCUACGGCCAGAAGAGCGCGUUUCCUGGCCUCGACGAUGGCGGCGACGAGCUGACCUAUGACGAGCCUGAUGGAGCCCUGGAAUACUUGCGCAUGGUCCGGUCCGAAGCCAGCUCGCUACCAACGCUCUUCAUCGCCGCAGCCUCGAAGAAAGAAGCGACAACCUCGAUAAAGAACACAGGGACGGGCUCUGUUCCUCCAGGGCCGCAGUCAUCUCUGCCAGCAAGGUUCUUCGACGACGAGGCCUACAUCGCCCCCGUGAAGGGCAACAAAAACAUGAUCGGUUCCUCCGAAGACGCAUUACCAGAAGCACAGACAAUAUUCUAUGACCUCCUCCGUCAUCGAUUCCGGCUGCUCCGAUCAACCCUACGAUGCACACCCCCAGCUACCGCCAUCGCCGCCCUUGACGACUCCCAUCCUAUCAGCCUUCCACGUCACCACGAAGCUGCGCGAAAAGAGUGGCGGCGCUUAAUACUUUCAGUGGAUCCACACAUGGCUCAACUAGCAUGCAUGGAUUCACAUAGUGUGCUCGGGGCUCUGGGGAUCGUGGCGCGAGAGUUGUCCGACGUCGUGCGAGGCGAGAACGCCGAAAGUAUUCGACGCAUGGGUGCUUGGACCUGGGGAAUAUUGGGCAAGUGCCGCGAAGUGGGAGAAUUGGCUACGGAGGACGUGGGAGCUAUUCGCGACCUCGGCAAACGCGCUGCGAAGAUUUGCGAAAAGAUCGGGGAGGCAAACAGCCAGUAUCCCGUUGACGGGGCCGAUUCAGAGGCCGGAGAGGAUAUCCAGACCGGAAAUAAAAACUCGCAAGGUGAUACUGGGCAACACGUGAUGCAGCAGGCGGAAGUCACGGGUACUGGCGACUCUGAUAUGGCUGAUGCUACGGACGAGUCGGAUGACUUGGAGGCCGCAAAGGCUCGUCUUCAGGCCCAACUGCAGGCGAACAUCUCCACCAACCCAACAGAUGAUACCAGUGAAGGAGACAAAGAAUAUGUGACGCAACAAACCCACGCCAUGCUUGACAUGAUCCUCACCGUUGUGGGCGAAUUCUUUGGACAGCGGGAUCUGCUGGAGGCACGGCAAUCUUGGGCCAUUUAG